AUGGCACCCCCACCUCCUGCUACUGCUCCCUUGGGUGAGCGCCUGGCACAGGUCGCUACAACACUUCAAUUUGCUUGGUUCUGCGGCCACUUUACCCUCCUCUUGUCGGUUUUCCGAUAUGGCCUCUCGUACCUCACGUUCAACUAUUACUCCAGAUGGGCCCAGUUCACAUAUCGCCUGGCUUUCAUCUCGGCCGUGGCCACCUACGGUAUUGUUGUUUUCAAGGCUUAUCGUGCUCGCGUGAAGAAGCCUGGCGCUACGAUUGCCUCGACGGGCUACCUCUUGCUGUCGGAUGAAAAUGUCCAAUAUCUGCUCAUCAGUUUGGUCUGGCUGUACGCGAGACAGGUGCCAUUGGCCCUGCUGCCCUUCACUGUCUACUCGGUCUUCCACGUUGCGACCUACACGCGCACCAUCAUUAUUCCCACCUUCCAGACGCCCAAAGCCGCUCCUGCAAGCACCCCUGCUUCACCAAGCGCUUCCAAGCCUCCUCAGUCUCCUCUCGCAAAUUCCAUUGGUCGGUUUGUCAAAGAAUACUACGACAGCUCCAUGAUGUUGGUUGCAUUCCUUGAGAUUUUCCUCUGGCUCCGCUUGUUGCUGUCCGCAUUGACGUUCAGCAAGGGCUCCUGGAUCCUGCUGAGCAUAUACACCGUAUUCUUGAGGGCCCGAUACUCCCAAAGCCAAUUUGUGCAGGGAGCUUUCGCCCAGAUGGGCGCCAGAAUCGACCAGCAAGUCCAAAAUCCCAAUGUCCCUCCUGCAUUUCGACAAGCUUGGGAAACCAUCAAAGGGCUUCUGCGCCAGACAGUCGAGGCCACCGAUCUGCGCAAGUACAUGGGAGCCCAGACCCCUCAAAAGAAGCCUCAAUAG